GUGCGCACUGCCGGGCGGCCCGAAGACCGGGGAGGACGUUGGAAGGGGGAGGGGGGCGCCAGAGAGAAAGAGGAGGCGAAGCGAGAGGGAGAAAAUGGCGUCCACGGAUUAUAGUACCUACACUCAAGCUGCAGCCCAGCAGGGCUACGCUGCUUAUGCAGCUCAGCCAACUCAAGGAUAUGCACAGACCACCCAGCAGGCCUACGGGCAGCAAAGCUAUGGAACCUACGGGCAGCCCACUGAUGUCAACUAUACUCAAGCUCAGACGACUGCUACUUACGGGCAAACUGCAUAUGCAAGUUCCUAUGGGCAGCCGCCCACUGGUUACACUGCCCCGGCUGCUGCCCAGGCUUAUAGCCAGCCUGCCCAGGGAUAUGGCACUGCUGCUUAUGAUACAACCACAGCUACAGUUACAACCACACAGGCUUCUUAUGCAGCCCCGUCUGCUUAUGGCACUCAGCCUUCCUAUGCUUCCUAUGGGCAGCAGCCAGCAGCAGCUGCACCUACAAGACCCCAAGAUGGCAGCAAACCUGCUGAGACUAGCCAGACUCAGUCGAGUACAACAGGCUACAGCCAGCCUAGUCUAGGUUAUGGGCAGAGUAACUACAGCUAUCAAGUCCCUGGAAGUUACCCCAUGCAGCCAGUUACUGCACCUCCAUCCUAUCCGCCCACCAGUUACUCCUCUUCGCAGCCAAGCAGCUACGACCAGAGCACUUACUCUCAGCAGAGUAGCUACGGACAGCAAGGCAGCUACGGACAAGGAGGUGGCUAUGGGCAGCAAAGCAGCUACGGGCAGCAGCCUCCCACCAGCUACCCACCUCCCACUGGAUCCUACAGCCAGACUCCAAGCCAGUACAGCCAGCAGGGCAGCAGCUAUGGGCAACCGAGUUCAUUCCGUCAAGACCAUCCCAGCAGCAUGGGUGUGUAUGGCCAGGACUCUGGAGGCUUUUCAGGCCCAGGAGAAAGCCGGAACUUGAGUGGCCCUGAUAACCGGGGCAGGGGAAGAGGCGGGGGAUUUGAUCGUGGAGGCGUGAGCAGAGGUGGGCGGGGAGGAGGAGGAGGAGGCCGCGGCGGAAUGGGCAGCGCUGGAGAGCGAGGUGGCUUCAAUAAGCCUGGUGGACACAUGGAUGAAGGGCCAGACCUUGACUUAGGCCCACCUUUAGACCUAGAUGAUGAUGUUGAUAACAGUUCAGUAUACGUUCAAGGGUUAACUGACAACGUGACCUUAGAGGAGCUGACGGAUUUCUUCAAACAGUGUGGUGUCGUUAAGAUGAACAAAAGAACUGGACAGCCCAUGAUAACAAUCUACCUGGACAAGGACACAGGAAAACCCAAAGGGGACGCUACUGUGUGCUAUGAUGACCCGCCAACUGCUAAAGCCGCAGUAGAAUGGCUUGAUGGUAAAGACUUCCAGGGCAGCAAACUCAAAGUCUCUCUUCCUCGGAAGAAGCUGCCAUUGAACAGCAUGCGAGGUGGAAUGCCCCCACGUGAGCCACGUGGGAUGCCUCCCCCUCUCCGUGGAGGCCCUGGAGGCCCCGGGGGGCCAGGCGGUCCUGGUGGCCCAAUGGGCCGAAUGGGAGGCCGAGGUGGUGACAGGGGUGGCGGCGGCUUUGCCCCAAGAGGACCGCGGGGGUCCCGAGGAAACCCUUCCGGUGGAGGAAACGUCCAGCACAGAGCAGGAGACUGGCAGUGCCCCAACCCGGGAUGCGGAAACCAGAACUUUGCCUGGAGAACAGAAUGCAACCAAUGCAAGGCUCCUAAACCGGAAGGCUUCCUCCCCCCACCCUUCCCGCCUCCAGGUCCUGGAUUCUUGCUUGGAAAACCGCUGCCACUUAGAGGGCUCAUAUACGGGACAAAUAGUGGUGGUGAUCGUGGCAGGGGUGGCCCCGGUGGCAUGAGAGGCGGUGGCCGAGGGGGCCUCAUGGACCGCGGUGGCCCUGGGGGCAUGUUCCGAGGGGGCCGCGGUGGAGACCGAGGUGGAUUCAGAGGCGGCCGAGGCAUGGACCGAGGCGGAUUUGGAGGGGGCCGCCGAGGAGGACCCGGUGGCCCCCCCGGCCCUCUUAUGGAGCAGAUGGGAGGCAGAGGCGGCCGACGUGGUGGACCAGGAAAGAUGGACAAGGGGGAGCAUCGCCCGGAUCGCAGAGACCGGCCGUACUAGUGGCCCUGGGGUCCCUUCCUGCUGCAGGACUGCAUUUACUACCAGAUUUAUUUUUUAAACCAGAAAAAAUGUUUUAAAUUUAUAAUUCCAUAUUUAUAAUGUUGACCACAACAUUAUGAUGAUUCCUUGUCUGUACUUAGUAUUUUUCACCAUUUGUGGAGAAACAUUAAAACAAACUUAAAUGGUAGUGUGCUGAGUUCUUUUUUUUUUUUAAUGGUUGUUUAACUAAAAAUCCCAGUAAGAAACCAUUGUUUGUGAGCAUGCUCAGUAAAUCUGUGUGGAAGACCAGGAGGAAGACGACUAAAUUGUAACAAUGUUAAUGGUUGUGAUGUUUUUUAAAUAAACUUCCAAAUGUUUAUAAAUGCAA